CUUCCAGCACACUCCUAACAACACCCAACCAAGCUCUAGCAACUCAAGAAGCCAAUGAGCGACUCAGGCGCGCAACAGCAGCAGCAGCAGUCGCGCGAGACGCUGCCAGAGAGGGCGGCGGUGGCGGUGGAGAAGCUGUCCACAGCCACAGCGCAGGUUGAUGAAAUGAAACUGCCGGCAGAGAGCAAGGCGGAGGAUGACAAGGCCACACGGGUGGUGGACUCCCUGCUGCGGGCCGCAGACAAGGAGGAGGAGCGGACGCGCUACGGCAGCGCCUGAGAGGCUGCGGGGCUGGGGGAGGGGUUUGGGGGUUGGGGGUGUUGAUGUCUGGCUGUGGUUGGCUCUGCUGUGGCAUCGCGAUUGCUAGGCACCUGGUUUGGCUAUGUGCCUGUGGAAACCGACCCCGGCUAUGUCCGGGCGAUGAGGUUGUUCGGCCUCAGACUGUGGAGGGGCUCAGCCCCUUUUCCCGUGACCGGCGGGGAACAUUUGUCAUCACGAGCUCGGUGGCCAGCGUGCAGGGGUGCGUGGGGGUCUGGUGCUGCGGGUCUGGUGCUGCGGCCAUCAGGAGGCGGAGUCUGCACUAGCAAACCGGAGUCUGCAGUCGUCUACGCCGGAGCUUGUCGGUGUUGGGCUUUGCCCGCGGGCUUCUUGACAACGUGCAUCGCGUUGCAUGUGCGGCGUUUCGGUCGGCGGGAUGGCCGGACGUGGUUUGGAGCCCGGGCGCCCGGCGAUGUGCUCUGGUGACCAUAGGCUGGCUUGGGACAGUUGGUGAGGGUGCUGGUGAAGUACAGUUGGGCGUGCGGCGGCUUGAGGGGGCGACGGGCGGUUUGCGCGGGGUCCCACGUGCCGUGCCCAG